AUGACGACACCAUGCCUUUCCGCCCCUGUUCUGUUCCUUCCGCAGGACCUGAGGUCCGACUCGAAAUUGACCUCGCAGAUCACGCGUCUCACCAACGAUGCUUUCAGGCGAUCAAAACUGCCAGAUCCCGACAAAUGGAACUACGAGAGGCCGCGAUUCCCCACUCAUGAGUCAUACUACGAAAUGCUCGGCGAUGAGACGAUUGUGGCUGUGAUAUUCGACCAAGACGUGUGCGCGAAACACAGUAGUGCCAGUAGCGCGCUAGAAUCUGAUGCUAUCACGAACGGCAAGGUUGUUGCGUGCGCGGCCGCAGUGCCAUGGAAAGGUGGCUGGGCGAAGGAGGGUGCUGGCGAAGAAGACGGUUGGGAGAUCAAGGCUCUUGCUGUCGACGGAGAUGCAGCAUAUCUACGGAAGGGGCUCGCGGUACGAGUCAUGGCUGCACUGGAGAACCAUCUGAUCGAGAGGACGAAAUCGCAGGUCAGAGCCAACUUCCCCCAAGGGACAAUACCGAAAAGAUAUGGAUGUGUAACGCUGUGGAUUUUAGCAGCCGAUUGUAUCAACGGUGCGUACUGGAGAAAGAAAGGAUACCGUGAAGUUCGUCGAAGCACGGAAGGAGAGGGUAUAUGGGGAUGCAAGACAAGCUUUGACAUUGUUGUUUUUCGGAAGGAUGUUACAUAUGAUGUCUCGCAUUGA